AUGGCCAACUCAAUCACCAUUCCCUCUGCUUGCGACUUUCACCUUCACGUUCGUCAGGAUGAAAUGAUGCGUAUGGUCACACCCAAGGUUCCCGAAGGUGGUGUGUCUGUGGCCUAUAUCAUGCCCAACACUGUGCCUCCCAUCAAGACCACUGAUCAGGCUUUGGCAUACAAGAAGGAGCUUGAAGCUCUUGCUCCUCAAGUCACCUUUUACAUGACCUUGUAUCUUUCACCCGAAUUGACUGUGGAAGAAAUCCGUAAGGCUAGCAAGGCUGGUGUUGCAGGUGUCAAAUCGUAUCCUCGUGGUGUGACCACCAACAGUGAUUCGGGCAUUGAGUCAUAUGAAAUUUACUAUCCCAUUUUCAAGGCUAUGGAAGAGGAAGGCAUGGUUUUGAAUCUUCAUGGUGAAAUUCCCAGUGAUCCCACCAAUGAUAUUUGCGUGAUGAAUGCCGAAGAACGUUUCUUGCCUCAGCUUGAAAAGAUCCACAAGGCUUUCCCCAAGCUUAAGAUUGUGCUCGAACACGCCACUUCCAAGGCUGCUGUUGAGAUGGUCAAGAGUCUCGGUGAUACCGUUGGAUGCAGCAUCACUGUGCAUCACUUACAACUUAUUGUCGAUGAUUGGGCUGGUCAACCCCACCACUUUUGCAAGCCUGUUGCCAAGUUCCCCCAUGAUCGUGAUGCUCUUCGUGAAGUCGUUUCUUCAGGCCAUCCUCGUUUCUUCCUUGGUACUGAUUCUGCUCCCCAUCCAGCUCAUGCAAAGGAAGGUGCACGUGCUUGUGCCGGUGUUUUCACUACUCCUCUCGUUUUGCCUUAUCUCGCCAAGAUCUUUGAGGAAAUCGGUUGUCUUGAUAAGCUCGAAAACUUUGCUUGCCACUUUGGUAGCCAAUUCUAUGGUUUGUCUCAAAAGGAAGGCUUUGAACAUCGCAAGGUUACCCUUGUCAAGGAAACCAACACCGUUGUUCCUGAAAACUACCCUGUGUCCGCUUCCAAUGCUGAGGCUGGCGUCGUGAUUCCCUUCCUCACCGGCCGUGAUCUUGGCUGGAAGAUUGCCUCCAACUACUAUUAG